CCCCACCGCAACUCUCCACAUCUCCCUCCCUCCCAUCAUGUUGGGCUUUUAUAUCCAUCACUGUAGAACCAGGAUGGGGACAUUGCCUUCUCUCUCCUGCCCCUGCCCAACUCACCCCUGGUUUUGAUUUUGGCUUUGCAGCAGACACUCUUUUUCUCCUCUCUCAUUUAUUGGUUUCUCUCCUCCUCCUCCUCCUCCUCUCCCUCAGCAACAGUCCAAAGAGGGAAGGCAAGAAGAACAACAAGGAGCAGGAGAAAGAGAGGACCGGACCCGUGAGGAUCCCAGACUUUCAAUGCAAAGCAAAAGGAAAAGAAGAAAGGGCACCGAGAGCUGUCUUCCGUGCAUGCCGUACCAGCUGGUGCCUACCCUGGGUCCGAUUAUGAAGGCAUUAUGAGCUGUCCGCUGCAGAAUUGGGUGUUGACAGCUUUCCUCUCUCUGCUGCUUUGUCAUUCAGGUUUUGUUAAGGCAGACACGCAACCUGGUGAUUUGCGGAGGCGGAUCCCGAAUGCCAGCUGGCACAAAAGAUGGGGUGCUUCAGAAAUCACCUACCCCACCAGGCUAGUGGACCAGAGUUCCGGGGGAGAAAUCCAGAACCAUCAGCUGGACACGAGGGUGAGAAAAGAACCUGGCAAUGGCGGAGGCGGCGGAAAAGGAGGAAGCCCUGUUAUGCACCUGGCCCAGGUGAGUUUUCUCAUCCAUGCCUUUGGCUCAGACUUCAUCUUGGACCUUGAGCUGAACCACCACCUGCUGUCCUCGCAUUAUGUGGAGCGCCAUUUUGGACAGGACGGAAAUGCCAGCCACACCACGGGAGCUGGCGAGCACUGUUACUAUCAGGGCGGUCUCCGUGGAGAGGCAGACUCUUUUGCAGCUCUGUCCAGCUGCCAUGGCCUGCAUGGUGUUUUCUCAGAUGGAAAGGCUACGUACCUUCUGGAACCUCACAAUUCACCCAAGCGCCGAGAGGGACCACUCCCUCACCUGAUCUACCGGACACCCAUAUCUCACACUGCCCAGGACUGCACACAACCAGGGUGCUUAUUUGCUGCACUGAACUACAACAUUCCUUCUGGGCUGCCUAAACUGCGGCGUCGAAGGCAGGUUCAUCGAGGUCACCGAACUGUCUAUAGUGAGACGAAAUUCAUCGAACUCAUUGUGGUUAAUGAUCAUCAGCUGUUUGAGCAGCUGCGGCGCUCCGUUGUCCUUACAAGUAACUUUGCAAAGUCAGUGGUGAACCUUGCUGAUGUGAUCUAUAAGGAGCAGUUGAACACACGCAUUGUGUUGGUCGCCAUGGAGACAUGGGCAUCGGGAGACAAGAUCCAGGUAGAUGAAGAUUCCCUGGAGUCGCUGAGUGAGUUCAUGAAGUACCGCCAGGAUGCUCUUCCUGAGCAUAGCGAUGCUGUACAUCUCUUCUCUGGUCACACUUUCAGAAGCAGCCGCAGUGGUACAGCUUACGUUGGGGGGAUCUGCUCUGUUGCCCGAGGCGGAGGUGUGAAUGAGUAUGGCAAUGUGGGAGCGAUGGCAGUAACAUUGGCACAGACUCUGGGGCAGAACAUCGGCAUGAUGUGGAACAAGCACCGUGCCUCGGCAGGGGAUUGCCGCUGUCCUGACUCUUGGCUGGGCUGUAUCAUGGAGGACACUGGAUAUUACCUGCCACGGAAGUUCUCGCGCUGCAGCACUGAUGAGUACAGUCGGUUCCUGGCCAAAGGUGGGGGAAGCUGUCUCUUUAACAAGCCCUUGAAGCUCCUUGACCCCCCUGAAUGUGGCAACGGAUUUGUGGAGGCAGGAGAAGAAUGUGACUGUGGAUCCUUGGCGGAAUGCUCCAAAGGUGGUGGAAACUGCUGCAAGAAAUGCACACUUACUCAUGACGCCAUGUGCAGUGAUGGGUUGUGCUGUCGAGGGUGCAAGUACGAGCCGCGGGGCGUGGCCUGCCGGGAUGCUGUGAAUGAAUGUGACAUUCCAGAAACCUGCACUGGUGACUCCAGUCAGUGUCCACCCAAUGUGCACAAGCAGGAUGGCUACUUUUGUGACAAUGAGCAGGGCCGGUGUUAUGGAGGCCACUGUAAAACCAGGGACCGCCAGUGCAAAGCAUUGUGGGACCGUGCUUCAGCUGAAAGGUUUUGCUAUGAGAAGCUGAAUGUUGAAGGCACUGAGCGAGGGAACUGUGGACGUGAGGGGAACCGCUGGGUGCCAUGCAUCAAGCAGGAUGUGUUGUGCGGAUACCUCCUCUGCGCCAAUGUGACAGGUUCUCCAAGCGUUGGUGAACUUCUUGGUGAAAUCACCACCAUGACCUUCUACCACCAAAAGCGUUACGUGGACUGCAGAGGUGGCCAUGUACAGCUUGUGGAUGGCACAGAUCUGAGCUACGUGGAAGAUGGGACACCCUGUGGGCCCAACAUGCUGUGUCUUGAUCACAAAUGCCUUCCUGUGUCUGCCUUUAACUUCAGUACUUGCCCCGGCAGCUGGGGUGGCCAGAUCUGCUUUGACCAUGGGGUCUGCAGCAACGAGGGCCAGUGCAUCUGCUAUCCUGACUGGACGGGCAAAGACUGCAGCGUCUACGAUCCUAUCCCAGAAUCUAAGCCCACAGGGGAGCCAGAGAAGUACAAGGGUCCCAGUGGCACCAACAUCAUUAUCGGCUCCAUCGCUGGAGCCAUCCUGGUGGCUGCUAUCGUCCUCGGUGGCACCGGAUGGGGAUUUAAGAACAUUCGCAGAGGAAGGUCGGGAGGGGCUUAGCCCCAACUCAUAGCCCUGACCUUUUGUGCUGCUGAGUCUGUAUUCCUGCCAUUGGGUGGGGAGGAAGGUAAAUGUGCCCUCCUUUCCUCUUCCUGCUCAGCAAAUAACCAACAACCCAAGCCACCAAGUCUUCCAUUGUCUCCUGGAUGGACGUGAGCAGGAGAGAUACCCUCCUUUGGGGGGCAACUGGCGCUGCACUGCCUCGCACUGUGGGAACAGAUCCCCAUGGAUGGCCACAAGCCUUUUUGUACCUUGCCAUGUGCACCGUGCCGUCUCCUUGCAACCUUUCCUGGGGGAAAAGACUGGAAAAGGGAUGCUACUUUCACUCUCACAGGUCUACAUAUGUGCCUCACUUUGCUAAUCCCACCAAGGAAUGUACCAUGUUGGAUCCACCAAAAAGCCACACAACACGGGGGCAUAGAAAUGCUCCUCUCCUCAGCUUCUGUGCCUGGAAGACAAACUUGCCACAUCCCCUUGGAGGAGAUGGAGCAUCGGAGUCUAUUAUGGGGUGGGGGGGGGAGGGGGAGGACUCCACUGGGCCAUGUUAUCUUCUAUGGUUUUUCAUGUGCACCAGGCGCACUGAUAGUCUCCAUCCUUUCUUUUCCUGAAGAGCUGCAUACUGCAGCAGCACAAAACUGCUCCUGGGUGUGUGAGCAAGGAUCAAGGCUCCUAAGAGCUUCAAGGCAGAGCAGUGAGGAAGAGGAGGAGCGAAGGCUGCACCACAACGAAGAGCACAACCCUGGAGGGAGCCCACUUUGCACUGCGCUUGCCUCGGACCCUUGUCAUCUCCCAGCACUCUCCAGCCUGUGGGCACCUAGAACUGUGAUUUCUGUUGUGCAUGGGGUUGUAUGUACAUAUCUCUGGGCAGGGAGCAGCAUCUGUAUAUUGUGAUGUGCCCAAAGACAAACUCAGAUGCCCCUUCAGGGCAUUCUUGUAGAUACACGUCGUACCUUCAUUGCACAUGCUGAAUGUUGAAGGCUGGGCAAGCAGGGUUCCAGUCAAUCGAAGGGACAAUUCUGGGCCAUCCACUGGCUGCCAGGCCUUCUUGUUUUGUGUUCCCUGCUACGCUGCGCACAUAACUGCCAAUAUUUGCUGCCUGUAGAAGAGACUGAUAGCUGUCAAUAUUUGCUGCGUGUAGAAGAGACUGUGUUUGACGUGUGUUUGAAACACACACCUCAAACACUUCUGUUGACCCCAGAAACCCCAGCCAUCAAGGGCCAAUAUUUUAAGAUUGAAUUCCUAUAGAAUUCUGUUAAUCCUAACGUAUACAACAAGGAAAAACACUGCGAUGCAUCCAGCUGCCAUAUUUUACAACUGAAAAGCAGUUUUGUUGUUGUUGCUCAACUCUAAUUGUUGUUGACUUGUGCCUGAGCUCUUGCAAAGUUUGUUAGUCCCAAUUAACUUGCAGGGGAACUGAGGUGUUCCAAGGACAUCUAGCUUGAAAUAGCAAUUUGAACUAAGUGUUUUGCUUAACCUAAUCCAUUUGAAGAAGUGAAGAGCCCUUGCAAUGGGUUCUGCUUUGAUUUGUAUUAUCAUUGUCUCUUUUAAGGGAGGUUAGCUCUUUGAAGGACUUGGGUUUAGUCUUGCAGUUUCUUUCUGACAAAGCUUAUUUUGCUUAUUGUGCAGCUCAAGCCUGUGCAUAUUUUCUCAGAAGUAACUCCCACUGUGUUCAAUGGGGUUUACUCCCAAGUAAGUGUGUGAAGGGAUGAGGAAAUGGCCCCUGCUGAAUUUCACCUGUUAUUCAGUGGUUGAUGGUUGGUGGGAAAAUAUCGCAUUCCUACUGGAUAUACACCCUGUGCAAAGGGAACUGGAGCCAAGCCAAAUGACUCCUUUAGCAUAAGGUUCAGUCUUUUCCUCUUCCAGUAAUUAAUUCCUAAAACAAGGAGAGCUGGGGCUCAGCCUUGGAUAUCAUGCUUCUUGACUUGGUAGCCUGUCUCCCCAAUUCACAAAUGUGAGUGGAUGAUUUAAGCACCUCUACUCUGUAUCACUCAGUACCUGAGGUGCACAUAGAUAAUUUUAGAGCCUGGACCUAAACGCCUUUGGAGGUCCCCUCCUCCCGUAGCAAGUUAAGCAUCAUUUUUCACAUGUUGGUUCUUGAGGGCACAAACCACACCACCCAGGACAGAUUAAAGUCUAUUUGGGGGCCCUCAGGGGGUGUGGAGGCCCUGGACUUCAGCUCCAAAGUCCAGAGGUAAGAGCACCUCUGCUCAGUAUUGUAUUGUAACUAGUACUUCACUCUGUGCUGUAAUGAUCACACAGGUUUCCUAAACAAUACUGUCAACUUUAAAAUAAGCUUUCCAAUGCGGACAGCACCCUUCUGACAACGCAGCGACACUGAUGUGGAGACACGGGCAAUAUGGACGGUCCCUUUGCGGACGCGUUGCGAGUAUGUUGCAGCAUGUAAUCUGGAAAGCUCCCAAGAGCUCAGCUGGCUAGAUCAGUGUCAAAUACUUGGCAAUCAGCUCAGUUCCUCUGCAAGUUUGCAAAACUAACAUCAUUAAUUUGCAGCACAGCUCAAGCUACUUUGCAAGCUUACAGUAGGCAAAGAUGAAAAAGCACAUGUCAGCUAUAUAACCAAAGUCCAAUUAAAAAGACUUAAAGCAUUUUUAUUAUCUUUAGGAGCUAAAUUUAUAAUGUGAUCUAGAUUUUACCAGGGUUUGAUUCUGAAAACUCUGAAUAAGAGGGGAGGGGCAGAGCUCUGUAACGGAUGAAAGAAGGGAGCGUCUUUUUUU